AUACACUGGUUGAUAUUUGACGCUUUCUCUCUCCUCCAUUUUCCUUUCUCUCUCCUCUCCUCUCCUCUCUCUCUCUAUCUGUGUCCAAAAGUUGGUGGAAACAAAACGAAGGAAAAUUGCGCACCAAACAUCAAAAUUUCAGACCAAAAUUUUGAUUAACAUAAUUCUUGAACUGGAACAUAUUCAUACUUCCAACGGAUUUGUGCUGUAUUUAAGUUGGCACUGGCAGUGAAGAUGAGAAAGUACUGUUUAUCUGAUGAACCAAUAUUCUGAAUUUAAUCUCUUUGCUCAAUAAUUGGAAGACAAUGGUUGUUUCAUCUCAGGAGCAAAUGCAAGAGAGUCAUACUGACCAGUUCCCAUUGCUCAUGGAGGGGCAUAAUGGCCAUGAGAAUGAGGAACACGUAAUUGACAUAGAAAGAUGUGGUGAAGCCUCCUCUUCAGGCACAUCCGAUUUAGAGUUUUCUCAGGGUGGUACGCUAAAUAAUGAUCAUAGAGAAGCCAGUGUCAUGCAAGCACCUCCUCCGAUAUCACCAUCUCCUAGUCGCUCGAUUUCUAGGAGCUCGUCCUUUGUCAGGAGAAGUGAGGGAAUUGGUCGUCGUAAUUGGAGUCCUUUCAAUUCAGGGUUUUGGAUAUCCAUUGAGCUAGUAUUCACAUUGAGUCAGAUUAUAGCUUCCAUGACUGUCUUGUGUUUGUCAAGACAUGAACAUCCUCAAGCCCCAUUGUUUGCUUGGGUUGUUGGGUACACAGCUGGAUGCUUUGCUAGUCUUCCUGUGCUGUAUUGGCGUUUCCUUAAUCGUAACCAGGGGCAUGAGCGGGGUGCACUUCAAGCAAGUCAGGCAUCUCCUCGUGGAAACUCUACAUCGGGACCAAAUUCUUAUGUCACUAUUUCCUUAAGUCAGUCAUCAGAACAGGAAGAUCAUAAUAGUGUACCGGGAACUACUUUUGAAGGUCAAAAUAUGGCAACUGCAACUACUAGAAUUGGUCUGAUAAUGGACCAUUUUAAAAUGGCAUUGGAUUGCUUCUUUGCUAUUUGGUUUGUUGUGGGUAAUGUUUGGAUCUUUGGAGGACACGCUUCAGCUGCUGAGGCUCCUAAUUUGUACAGGUUAUGCAUUGUUUAUCUUACAUUGAGCUGCAUCGGAUAUGCUAUGCCUUUCAUUUUGUGUGCAAUGAUAUGCUGCUGCUUGCCUUGCAUAAUUUCGGUCCUUGGAAUCCGCGAGGAUUUAAACCAAGUUCGAGGAGCUAGUGAAGAAUGCAUUAAUGCUCUACCGACCUACAAAUUCAAGGCAAAGAAAGAUGAGGGUGCUAGUACAGGGCAAAGUGAUAAUGAUGAACAAGGUGGAGUAGUGGCUGUAGGAACAGAGAAGGAGCGUGCCAUCUCUGGAGAAGAUGCGGUAUGUUGUAUUUGCUUGUCAAGUUAUAUGGAUGAUGAUGAGCUGAGGGAGCUACCUUGCUCUCAUUUUUUCCAUUCAGAAUGCGUAGAUAAAUGGUUAAAGAUCAAUGCUACCUGUCCGCUCUGCAAGUAUGAGAUCACUGAAAGAGAAGACACGCCACCAUCACCGACAAACUCCACUAUGCAAACAUGAAACUUUUAGAGUCUGUGUACCAUCUGUAGAUUCUUCAGAAUUGGAUCAGGUCAGUAAAACCAAGGUCUUUUUUUGUCCUUUGGUUUAAGCUCGUGAUGGCGGAACUAUGUCAGUAUCUUUCUUUCUCUCCUGAAAGCACAAAUACAGGAGCAAAGGUGGAUGAAAAGAGGGCUUCAUUUCCCCUGAUUCUCUUAAUUUUUUUGAAACAUAAUUUCUUUUUCUUUUUCGUUAAAAUUGUACUAUAGAUUUCUCAGGAAUGUACAGUCGAGAUCGUCCAAAAUUGUGUAAGAUGUUUGUACAGAUGGUGUAUCUCUACUUAAAUAGGUUAUGAAAUUGAAGGUGACAUUAUAUCGAUCAAUUUCCGUCCUGAUGUAUAAGGGAUGAAAGAUACAUUGCAUAGAAGUAUAUAGUUUCACUGUGUAGAAGGAUACUUUGUUUUAAACCAACAGCAGGGUCUAUUUAUUGGACUGGUAAUUGCAUGCAGAAAUGGUUUAGAUUCGUUCAA